AUGGCGCCGUCAAGACUCUUGGGUGAGCUCAAUGAUUCACUUGGCCCUCGAGGAUCGUUUGUGAUUGGCGCCGAGACCUCGUCAUCUGCGGACCUGGACCUGGUACACGACAAUGCUUUGCCUAGUACUCAAGAUCUCGCACUCGGAGAUGGAUGUUACCAAUCAUUUGACUUUAAUCUACAAGAAUCUGCGUUUAACGACAAUUUCACGGUCGACGGAAUGUAUGCACCGGAUUCUGACGCCCUUGUCCAAGAUCACAGCCUGGUAGAUGUUUCCGUGGCUCCAUACGCCAAGUCACACCCGCGGCUGAAGGAUUGGUGCGACUGGUCCAGCCACGGGCUGUCUCUCGCUGUGGUGACUGAAAGGUUCCCCACCCUGCCAGAUCCGGGCGUCGGAACGGUGGCAGGUCUUUGGACCGAGCGAGCUCAGGCCCAGAGUAGCGCAGACCUCAUAGUCCAGUCACUAAGGGCAUUUCCUACCAUGAUGCUACGCAGGGAGACGUUCCCCUGGUUCAUCCAUCCCCAGUCACAGCUCAUGUCGAAAGCAGGAAGUGGUGCUACCGCUUUGCCUGACGCGAUUUCAACUUGCAUGGGAAUUGCCCAGAUAUUUACAGCGAGGACACCAGAAACCAAACCCUUUCUGUGGCGCAUUAUAAGGGGCGAGUAUCGCCGUUUGGUCAAUGAGAUGCACGACAUGUCCAAAUAUGAUGUUCUUCUGGCUACGCAAGCCUGCAUGAUCUAUUUAGUUAUGUGCAUCAUUGAUCAUUCGUCCGAGAAUGAAGAGCAUGGUCAAGAGCUACUGCGGGCCUUAUAUGACCUCUGCAUGCACUUCAAAGAACUGGCAGGCGGAAAAGGAGCCGGUAAUGGCAGUCAAAGUGAGCUUUCAAGCCCAAGCCGCACCUGGGAAGAUUGGAUAUUUGCCGAAUCUCGACGGAGGCUCUCUAGCCUGUGGCUGCUCGUUGGCUGCGUCGUCUGCGUCAAGACAGGAGUUGAUUGCGAUCCGACCAGCAGCUACCGGGGUAUUCCGCUUCCUGGGCCAAAGUCCCUCUGGGAAGCGCCGACGCAAUCUGCCUGGGAAGUCGAGUAUGAGGCAAGCCGCAUGCUGCACGCUAAAGGGCCCGUAACGCUCGGUGACCUCGUCGAUAUGCAACGAUCACCAUACACGCCUUUCAACUCUGGAAAACUGGACGUUUGGAAUGCAAGAAUCGACAAUCUUGGUUCUCUAUUGAAUCUGGUCCACACCAUGAUAUGA